AUGGAGAAAACCAGUAAAGUAUACAAACUGUCCCCGUUCCUGGACGAGCACGGUGUUAUGCGUGUGGAUAGCCGUUUGAGUGCAGCUCCGUACGCGACCUUUAGCUUCAAGUACCCUAUAAUUCUUCCGCGGGAUCACCGUAUGACAGAGUUGCUAUUAGAUGCCUACUAUCGCAAGAUUUUACAUGGCAACCAAGAAACAGUAGUUAACGAGCUUCGGCAGCAGUUCCUCAUAUCUAAGCUGCGUACAGUCGUUAACCGGGUCAUUAAAGAUUUUCAGUACUGCGAGAUUAAGAAGGCGAAGCCGAUAGUCCCGAGAAUGGCCCCUACCUACAGCUCGUUUCACUCCGUGGAUACGCCCGAUACAAGUUCGGAUUGGACGAAGUGUCGUGAAAAGGUGGAUUGCUUUAUUCACCUGUUUAUCAAUAAAUCAUCAAUAAACCUGGAUGUCACCUAUUCGUUGUUGUCGAAGUCCUGCAAACUAGCCAUUUGUCGGUUUAUUGCUCGUCGAGGUGCGCCUUGCGAAAUCUACACCGAUAACGGAACGAACUUCCAAGGUGCCAGCCGUUAG